UGUUUCCUCUUGCAGCUGCACUGUAACCCAAUUCGCAAUAAUGCCUCCUAGUCCUAGGCAUCAACGCAUGCCGACGUUUAUUCAGUUCGAUCUUAAUGACCUACCGACAAUUAAUAGUAAUGAUGUAUCUGAUGCCCAAUUUCCUGCAAAUAAGACUAUAAAACGCAAGGCAAAAGAUGAUAACAAGGCAGGAGAGAAACCGAAAAAGAUUAAAAGAACUGGAAGGAGAAGAUACGUCCCACCGAUUCCCUAUAGUUGCAAUGUUUGGAUUGGCGCGGCUAUCCAACCGGCGAGGAGAGCUGCUUUUACUUUGUACUACGGCGAGAACGAUGAGCGAAAUUGUGUGCGAACAUUCAGCAUAAGCCGACCCAUCGAAGACUUUGAUUACGCGCAAAUUAUGGGAGCAUUGUAUGCCUUGCAAGCAACCGAUAAGCAAACGUCGUUGAGGAUAUUCACCGGUUGUCGUGACUUGCCCAAUGUUGUCCUCAUGGGAGAAGAUGGUCUAUACCAUUACAGUCAUUUGUGUGAUAUGCUGAAGGAAAAUAUCAAGGAGCGCGAGGCAGCUACGACCCUUGUGCAAUGCUCUGGUCGCAGCGCACAAAUUGAACGUAAAAUAGCGGACGAAAUGGCGAAUGCGCAAUUAUUAGCGUCAGAACCAGACACCAUGCAAAACAGCUCCUCUCGCAAGACAACAACGUCAUUUGCGGUGAAAUCGGCACAACGAUCCGAUUCCGAAGCAGAGGUGGAACAUUCGUCAGAAGCAACAACCACAACAGCUCACCUAGUUACGCAAACAACGAUCGAGCACGAUCCAUUGUUGAUAUCAAUUCUUGAAUCUGCGAAGCAAGAACGACCAAAACCAUCGAAACAGAAACAGAACAUCAACACUGUAUCGGAGACCGAUACGGUAACAAAAGCAACCGACAAACGGGCUUCCGCAGUCUCCAAAAAUAUUGCGAAUCCCCAGGAGUACAUUGACAGUUCAUCGGCAGCAGUAACUAAAAGGACAGCCAGUCGAAUAGAAGUUGAGGUUGAUAACGGUCAGGAACAGCAAGAGCGAGAAAUUGAAGUGUUUGAAGAUGCAGAGCAAGAAUUUGGAAUUGAUAGCUAUGACGAGCCACGCAACGCUCAGCAAGGAAAAGAACAUCCACAAGAACAUGAGUCCCAGCAAACAACUUGGGGAUCCAGUUUGUGGAAUAUGCUUCAAGCGCCAUUUUCUUUUUUUAGGAGGCAAUAAAUGUGGGUGUUAUCCUCCUUGUUUCCAUGGUAAUUCUAUCAGUAUGGCGAGCGUCUCUCAAUCACAGCGAAAUAAAGCGUGCAGUCCAAAGUCUGAAAUUAGAUGAUCCACAGCAUUUUAUAUUGAUAGAGAUCCGCCUUAAAUCAUGAAUAUCCAGGUCAUGCAUU